AUGCAAGCCCCCAAAGCUGUUAUUUCCGUGGACUAUGCCGUCGGAUACCGAUUCGUCAAUUCCCAUGACCCGGAGAUUCCCCAAAACACACAGACAGUGGGCGAUUGGCCAGGUCACUGCAAUUCGACUGAUAGGGGCGGGAAAGUACCAUCCAAGUUUGCCUACGGGGCUGAAAACAAUGUGGACCGCGAUAGUUGGGGUUUUGAGGUGUCGGAAGACAUGACAUCCUGCUCAUGGACUAAACUUGUCUUAGAGGCCAACGCAAAUGGACUUGAACUUGGUCAGGGUGACCUUGGAGAUCAUGUCUUUCACGUUCCUGGAGGGAAGCAGGCAGACUCCGUCGUCCGCGACUAUCUACGACGGCUUCAUGACCAUAUUUGGUCUCGGGAGCCUUUCAAGUCUAUUGGAAAUUUGGAGGUUGAGUAUAUCCUCACUGUUCCAGCCUCAUUCUCGAGAGGGGCCCAGCUCGCGAUGGUUGCUGCUGCGAAGGAUGCUGGGUUUAGUGAGGGUGAUAUCAACCUUCUCACGGAGUCUGAAGCCGCGGCGGGAUACGUGUUUGAGCAAGGCCUCCUCAAGGACAUAAAGGCAGGUGAAAAGGUCAUGAUAGUUGAUCUUGGAGGCGGAACCUCCGAUGUGAGCUCAUAUAUGGCACUCCGAACUCAGAAUGGCUUGCAACUACAACAGUUGUCGGCCCCCCAAAGUCGCAAUAUCGGGGGGACCAACAUCGAUAGAAACUUCUCUUCUCUUCUAACCGAUCGAUUUGAUCCGGAAUUCGCCACCCUUCCUUCUAAUCGAACUGGGCCGUCCAGUCGACUGAUGAGAGAGUUCGCACGCCACAAGAGAGACAUCACUGACGGCGACGGAAAUGGGGAACAAUUUCGAAUUCGACUGCCCUUGGGUAUCGUCGACCCUAAUCCGCUACAUUAUGACGUUGACUACAGCGAAAUCAUCAUCUCAAUGGACGACUGGAGGGCCAUUUUCAACCCUGUCCUGAAAGAGAUACUAGAAUUUAUCCGAGACAUGUACAACGCUGCCGGCGGUGUCCAGUACAUGGUAUUCGCAGGGGGAGUGGUGAAUCUUCCUUGGGUCCAGGAAUACUUUCGGAAACUACUUGUUGCAGAACACAUUUCUGUGAUAUUUAGUCCAAACCCAGAAAUGGCCGUCGCAAGAGGAGGCGUCUGGUAUGCCACCCAGAACACCCCUCUUUUGGUCGAGUGCCCUCGACACUAUGGCGUCGCUAAACCGGGUGACAACACAAUCAACUGGGUGCUACACAAAGGGCAGCGAUACGCGACUGGUCACACCACCCAAGUGCAAUUACGCCAUAUAUACAAGGCAACAGAUCCCAAAUCUGUCCUGAUUGCCGUGUGUGGGUACAACGGACCUUGCAGCCCAAUUUCUACUUCCGAUGAUGUGGAAAAACUUGGCAUGUUCCUGCUUGAUCUCUCAAAGUUGAAUUUGGCUCAGUUCUGGCAUCGGGAAGAUGACCAUGGGAGGAUCGAGUAUUCCAUCAAGUUCACGUUGGAGAUCGAAUGCGAUGUUAGCAGGGGUGUGCUUUAUAUCAGGGCGCUCAGGCCAGAUGGUUGUCUGAUCGGAGAGGAGAUAGAGCUGUCGGCCAAGCUCACGUUCUACUGA